AUGAGCACCAUUGCUGCAGUAGCUGUCUCUUGUCUCAAGAAGCUCAAAGUGCUACUAUCCUCUAGUGAAUUACAGCACUAUGACUCUGAAGUUCGGCAAUCACGAUGGCAGGAUGAGCUUGGGCGCCUGCGUGUGUGGGCUGCGAAUAUCGGUGCCCACCAGACAGGGAAUUUGUCGCUUGACUAUCGACUGCGAGAUGCAUCACAUAUCAAGGAUCAAACUCUUCGUGUUCUUAAAAGGCUAAAGCGGACCUUGGAUGAUCUACAAGACACCUUAGAUGAGCCUGCUAUUCCCGAUGACUUUUCGGGUUCAGAGGAUGAGUAUGAAACGGAGAUACAAUUGGUCUACCAUGCUCUGCACGAUACAAUCAACAAUUUGUUCCAAAUAUCAAUGGCAAUCCGAAGGCCCGCACAGCACGAUCGACUUUCAGGGACCAGAAGGGCAGACACCAUAGUCUUCGAGGCUUUCGACAAGCAGCAUGCUGCAAACAAAUAUCCAAACUCAGAUCCAGUGAUCCUGGAACGUCUGGGAUUGGCGAUUUCCCAGCGUCGAGCGAUACUUCGUUAUCGUGAACGACACUCCAAAAAGCUUGGCCAAGGUCUCGGGACAGUGCUUGAUGAUCAGUCAGAAACACAGUCGGCCAAAAUGUCAGAAACUAUUGUGACCGAGUUGUGUGAGCAGCCUAAUGCACAGCAAGGGUUUGAUAGCCAGUCUGUCGUUUCGCAAAGUUCAUAUGCGCAAACGCUUUUACAUGGUAGCGAGGGAAUGGUGGUUCCGCCACCCCCCGCAAAUUCGGCGGAUGGAGCUCCAUUUGAAUGCCCCUACUGUUACAGAAUAAUCAGUAAUGUGGGUAAGAACAGCUGGGCUCGACAUGUUUUCCUCGAUCUCUCGCCGUAUAUUUGCGUCUUUCAUCAUUGUCCGACACCUCAGCGUUUGUACGAAAGCCGUCGAGAAUGGUACUUUCAUUUGCAGAGUCAGCAUUCCGUGGGAAGUGAUCCUGCUGAUGGUAUAUCGUGCCCUUUGUGCUUGCUUUCUGUUCCAGGAGGAAAGCAGUUCCAGAAACAUCUCGCCUGUCAUUUAGAAGAGUUGGCCCUGUUCGCGUUACCACGCCGUGAACCAGAGGAGGACCCCCAUCUAUCCCAAGCAGAGUCAGAGGAAGCACCACCACAUGACUCAAUAACAUUGAGUGAUGGACAAAGCUCUCAUUACAAAUAUUAUCAGUUACAAGGCGAUGCCGACGUCGAUGAAACGAGGUUUGAAGCUUCGGAAUCUGGGUCUUGGGAACUUUUUGAGCCAGAGAAUCUCGAUCAAUCUCGUUCCCAUGAUAAUCCCGGAACCCCCUCCGAUGAUAGGCUCGACGGCGGAUACAUAGGCCAUAGAACUAGUCCGAAAGCACAUGCGAUCAUGAUGGAGGAGACCUCUCCCGAUGGGAAAGUUCCACAGGCUGCAAGGCAAGGCCAAGAAAUUGACGAAGGAUCAACGAACAAACCCCAGCUUGAUGAUUCGCAAGAACUAGCGAAUAUCGAUGGCUCCCAUCGUCCGCUACCGAUAAAAUUGAAAGACGCAAUUGGACGAAAAUUCGCUUUCCCUUGGGAGCUCUGCCGAACUUGGAGUGUAUGA